AUGGACGACGAAUGUGACUGGGAGUCGCUCGGCGACGUCCCCCUCGCUUUUCUCGAGGCCUAUAGCUAUCCUGCGGCCGUGUUUACAAAACGACCCUCCGUCCCUGGCGCGCCCUACCAAGCUCCGGAACCCAUAUGGUGGAACGAAGCAUGGGCCACGAUCACAGCAGAGCAGCGACUGACCGACUGCGUGAACGAUGGGGCGCUCGCGGCGUUCGCAGAGUGGUUGGAUUCCGAGGGCCCCGGUUCAUUUGAACUGUGUAUUGAAGCAGAUGGGUAUCCGCAGUCACCUCUACAACUGGCACAGACGCCGAUGCCAAAUGCUACCGUCGUCACAUCGAUCACAACUUCGAUGCCGCCACCGAUCGCUUCUCCCAACUUACCAACCACUUCCCUACCCUCGCGCAAGUCUAAGCACGUCCUAGACGACUUUUCAGAAUUCGGUCCGAACCUCACGCAUCGCUCGUCCAAGAAUCCGACACCGACACCGAGCAGAAAGCGGUCGCCUGGGCUGCGUACCCCGAAGCCGCCGAAAUCUUCAGCGACCGCAACCCAGCAGGGACCAAACACAGAGCACGUCAACGGCACCCCAGGCGACGAGACGGAGUCUUCCAGCACUCCCACGAAUCCUAUGGUUGCACGCACUGGCGUGCCCGCCGCCGAACCGCCAGACUCCGAGCCUGCUACGAACGGCAAAGCAGCAAAGUCGCGUACGGAGAAGCGCCACCAGCAGGGCGCCGCCGAGAAGAAGCCCGAGAUUCCGCGUCCCAAGAACCAUGCGCCGGAGGACAACUUCACGCGGCAAGAGCUAGACAUCGCCAUGACCGGUGUCGCCGCCGAGUACCACCGUCUUGUUGACACGACGGAGUGGGAGAAGACCCGGCUCGGACCCUAUUCGGAGUGGUCAUCGGCCCUGAAGUCCAUGAUGGGCAUCUGUUUCGCCUCUGCUACGCAGGAUAGCAUCUGGUUUCGCCCUAUGGACUCUACCGACAUCGACGACAUCCACGUCGUUUAG